AUGACUACUGCACCGCUGGUGCCUCAUUCUGUCUCUGACAGUGGGAUUAACGGAGGAGGACAUCUGCCCAGCGGUCUACCACGCUACCAUCCUAUCGCCAUGAAUCCAAACCCUCCACCACACCCAGCAAUGCCUCCACCUGAUCAAAUGGUACAUAAUCAUCAUUUCAGGCACUUUGCACCACCUUUGAUGCAUGACCCUCAUUCGGGUCCCCCGCCCGUGCCACCAACACCGAGCCCAACAUCCUUAGAACAAAUCGAGCAGCGUCUGCGCCAAUUGGAGCAUGAGGAAAUGAACAGAAUGGCUACCAGGAGUCAUAUUCUGGCGGUGCGCAAGCGGGAAGAUGAGGAGUUUCGCAGAUUGACUGAAAGUGCAGAGAUAGAGGAAGAGGAUCUUCGACGACAGCGCAAGCGGAUGAAGAGAGAAUCUAUGGGCUUGGGAUCUAAUCAUGCAGCGGACUCGCCACCCUUGCGACCUACACCACCGCGCCGGCUGUCAGAGACCAGCGCAGCUACUACAUUGGCAUUCUUCAAACAGCAGAGUCCACCAGAGCCUCGCCAGGCUCCUCUUCCUCCUGUCCCACAGCCACAACAAGCACCUCCUAUGCCUCCACCAACUCAUCUUCAUCAACCUCAUCAAUCUCAUCAACCUCCUCAUUCAUCUCACCAACAACACCAACCUCACGCCUCGCAUCCGCCUCACCAAACACAUCAACCCCACCAACCUCAUCAUGCACCUCCACCUCCCCAAUCCCAGCACCACCUUGUCCACCAUGAUUCUUUGAACGGCCCUGGAUCCAUCCGUCGCAAGCAAAAAUACACCAUCAAGAACGUCGAGGCAUGGGGCGAGCGUCACGGCCGUCCAGCAGCCCACGACCCAUCUGGCCGAGCUCUGUGGAAAAGGCCCUCAGACGGUAGCCUAGUCUAUCUCACCUGCCCUAUCCAAGGCUGCGGAAAAUCAGACUUCGUCACCCUUCACGGCUUCAUGUGCCACCUAACCAAGAAACACAAAGACCGCACUUUAGGCAGUCAAUCGCGUGCCCUCGAACUCUGCGGCAUUGUCUUUGACCCCAACUCGCCUCUUCCCCCGGUGACGAACCACCGAGGAUCAGCAGAGAGCGCCACACCCAUGGAUAUGGACGGAGAUGGAGACGAGGAUCUAGACUCGGACCCAGAGGAAAGCGAAGAUUCGCCUGAAUCAUACCGUGUCAAGACAGAAGGAUCGGAUCGCCUUGGACUCUCGGAUGCACACGACAUCAUACCCGGUCCUCAUGAUAUGUCCCCCGUCCCAAUCCCGAAGCUCUCACUCCACGGCUCGGUCAAACAAUCUAUUUCAUCCAUAAUCGACCGUACACCCGAACCAGAGCACAGAGAAGCUCUCGCUUCACUGGGUCCCUCGGAACCCGUUUCUCAGGUGCCCACUCCUAUUCUGGAGCAGACCGUGCCUGUGAAGCGCAAAUUCGAAUACUCGCCCGAGAAAGAGAAUACAGAGCCAAAGGAGGGAUCCGCGACUGAGUGA